CGGUGUGCGUUGCCUAGGGCACAGCGAGGUCAAGCCGCAAACUACGAGACGUGUUGGGGUAAAAAUCAGGCAGGUGGAAAACGGGAUUACAGCAAAUCAGGUUUAAAUUCCGGAUCACACGGGCGCCAUUCCUAUGCAGGACCCUUCAGAACAGAACACAACUUCUUGUUGAGACCACUGGCACCAAACUUUCGCCACAAAAAGACCGUAGGACUUUAUACACUCAAGAACAUCACCUGAUGAUCUGAAGAGAUGGCCACUUCGCCACGCGGAGGGAUAAAGCUGUACUACUGCCCACGGUGUGGGAAAGGGUUCGCCAGUAAAACAGCAACCUUACAACACCUCAGAGGAAAGCAUGAGGGGUGUGUACAGUGCGACAGGUGCGGGAAGGAGGUCAAACGGACUCUGAUGAAGCAACACCUUAAGGAAGCCCACAUCACCGAAGACAUCAAGUCAUCAGACGAGAAAUCUCGACCGAACCGCGGGGAGGCGCCUGCGUACUUUGUGGCCUCUCAAACCAGCGUAACUUGCCGGAUGUGCGCGCAAAGUUUUGGUUCCGUGCACAGUAGAGAACAGCAUGAGAGGGAGGUGCACCUCUUCAACACAAGUUUGAGGGGAGCUCUGGCAUUACGGAUGACCAACGACAACUUCCUGGACAAUGUCCGGCCGGCCGGACUGUCCGAGUACGUCCGGUCAUCUCUCCAGUUGCCGUUUGACGGAGACAUGGGGUGUCAGCAGGAACUGGACAAACUCUUCCACUUCCUGAAGCACAAACUGCCGUUUCCUGUUCACAGAAUCGUCAAGGGCGGCUCGUAUAUCAAAGGCACGGACCUGGCCAGCAGAUGUGACGUCGACUUUGUCCUGUUCGUCAAGGGUUCCAGUUUACACGACCAGAUCACAAGUCUCAAGGAACAUCAAAAGGACUCGAGAAAUGUCUUGCAAAACAUACAGAUCAGUCUUAAAAAGUCAGACAUGGCGAACCAGAUCCUGAUGGAGAACAGCACGCCGUUCGCUAUCCGGUUCCAGUUCAAGUGUUACAAGAGCAGACACAUGCACCUGGUGGAUGUCAUGCCUAGUUUCGACACGCUGGGACCCAGUCCUUCAAAAGAGACCAGAAGAAUAUUGUACAGACAGAUAGAAGGCACCAAAGACCCGCCGGAUCGGCAGCACUUCUCCGUGUCGCUGAUGCAGCUUCAGGUCCAGUUUGUGAAGGUCCGGCCGGCGUGUGUGAAGGAUCUCAUCCGACUGGUCAAGCACUGGAAACUCACGUCAUUCGCACCACCGUCGGCGGACAACAGCAACAGGAGACUGCCGUCUUCCUACACGCUGGAGCUGAUCACCAUUCACGUGUGGGAGCGGGCGGGGCAUCCCAUCAACUUCUCCAUGGCGCAGGCUUUCAGAGCGGUGCUGCAAAAUCUCGUCAGCUAUCGUGAGAUCUGCAUCGCCUGGUUCGACAACUACGAACGGUCCUGGCCCGUCGUGCAGAAGAUUUUGAAAAGACCAAGACCAGUUGUACUGGACCCCGCUAACCCCACCAAUAACCUGUGUGAGACCAGUAACGCAUGGGACGAGGUGGCGCACGUGGCCAGGCACAGUUUGCUCAAGCCACUCUUUCACGGACUGAGGACGGAGGAAUGCUGGAAGAUGCCAGAGUGA